AUGGGAAAUAAAGCGAGUCACGCUACGUUGACGUCACAAUUGACACUAGACGCGUUUCUAUUGCGUUCUAGUGCUCUUCAUUCGUCCAUGUUUUCUUUACAUGCAACUGCGCAUCACGGCGUACCAAGUAAUGCCCGAGCACUGGCAUUCUGCGGUCUACAGGGAAUCUUGGCCGUAGGUACUGCAUCUGGGACUGUAAAGCUCUAUGGGGAUGAAGGACUUGAGGUGCUUUUAGAACGACCUACGUCGCACUUGGCGGUGGGUGUCACCCACUUGAAAUUCACGGCGCAUCAACGAUUGGUCGUGGUGUAUACGGACAACUCCAUACGUGUCUUUGAUUUAAGCUCGGGUGCUGCGCUCUGCUGUGUUUCAAACAACUGGACGACGAGCGUCAUUACUAGUUUGGAGACCAUUAGCUACAAUAACUUUCCCUUUUUCUUUGUAACUACAGACGACGGAAAUGUUCAUAUAGUUCAUGAAGAAACGGGUCAACGGAGCAUCUACGUCAUUCAGCCGCAGGAUCUCACAAUUUCUAACGAUAAGGGCAUCACAGCAAUAUCGUCUCAUCCGAGAGACUCUAAUCUGAUCCUGAUCGCCUACGAUACGUGUCCUUAUGUGCUGCUUUGGGACUUUGCCAAACGCAAAGUGAUGCGAGAAUUCUCUCUCUUAGAGAAGGCACACAAGCUCACGUCUCAAACGACGUUCGACGUGUCUUCUGCUAACGGAGACCUUGUCGUCAACUCCCCCCAGUCAUUGUCGUGGCAUUGUGGUGGCAAGAGGUUUGUAGCAGGAUACAAGCACGGCGGCUUCGCGGUGUUUCGUGUCGAUAAAUCUCAUGGAUUGUAUCGACAUGAUGCAAGAACGGCGCCGUCCGAACAAGUCACGCCCUUAAAGAAAAUAAAGUGGGUGUGUGCGCCACCAAAUUCCAAACAUGUUGCUCUUCCUGGCGCCAUUAUAUUUUCUGGAGGUCAUCCAGACCCUACAGAAUCCAAGCUGCUGACCGUGGUUUAUCCACCUAUUGAUGGACGCAGCACCGAUGACACGCUGGAAGACCUCUAUAAAGCAGAUAAAUUAACUUGGAGUAUUACAACAAUCGAAUCAGCGAAUCACGCUGAAAUUGCAGAUUUCGUGGCCGCCCAGGACCAAUUGGACUACUGUACGAAAGCGGCCCCGUUGUCAUUAAUCAUACUCUCCGGAAACCCACUGGAUGGUUGCUUGCCAACAGUAAGCGUGCAGGGCUUGCCGUGUUUCGUCAAGUUGUGCGCUGAUUUUAACAGAGAAACAUGGGAAUGGCAUAUGAAUCGACUUCCAGAGCCUGUGAUUAUUCCUCCGCUAUUGCAACUUAGUCCGCUAAAGACUUUCGCACUUGUGAACACUUCUGACUCUAACAGCACUCUACAGGAUGACUUACUCUCGACAUGGAACCAAACGAAAUACAACCCCAUGUUCCGCUUUAUGGAAAGCGGUGAUUUUGAGUGGCCUAUCAAUGGUGGUAGCGUAGUAGAACCAAUGCUAAAAGGAUUUUUCUCGACAAGUGGUGUACUUAGCAGUGGAGCUAAUAUUGCAACAAACGGCAUGAUACUACUGACGGGCCACGAAAACGGGUAUGUACUAUUUUGGGUAGCUCGAACGGCUGGAGAUCGCAUCAGCAAGGGUGCUCUUCGCUUGAUUCACGUCGUCGAUGUUUCGGUGCAGAUGUCUCCGGCUCCGGUCAAUCCAGAGAUCACGUGCCUGGCAUUUUGCGCCGACUCGCGCACGCUUGCGGUUGGCUUUGCGUCCGGUGAAAUUGUCGUCCUAGAGUUCGACAAAGUAAAGGGAAAUAUUUCCGUGACUGACGGAGUACAGGAGGAUAAAGACAGCGAGGUGAAAAACGGUGCUUUUGAUCGAGAGCAAUGUUUAAACCCAGACAAACCAGGCUCGUGUUUCAAAAGCGAGGAUCAAAAUGAGGCUGUUGGCUUCCGCACACUUUUCUCCAUGCAUGUACACAGUGAACCGAUUUCGAAGCUGGUGCUGUCUUCCUCUUAUGGAUACGUGGCUAUAGCUGACGCCGCAGGUAUAGUAUCACUUGUCGAGACGAAGACGCAGGCUUUCCAGCUAUUAUUUCGUGACAUAGCUCCUGCCUGUGACGAGUCCACGUCGGUGGAUUCAUUGCUGAUGAGUGAGCUUGUCCAAACGACCAAAAUUCCUGGAAGUAAUUUCUCGUCUCCUUCUUUGCUACCCGUAGGUAAUAAAAAUGGUGGUAAAGUAUCUUCUGGUCAAUGUAGCGUCUCGAGUAGCGACGCAGAUCUUCAUCAUAUGAUGCAGCACCGCGAAGUGAUCCCUGUGCUUUUUGUUGGCCGUGGGAGUGGGAAACUGGAAAUGUACCAUGUGCAUUCAGCCACAAAGAUGGGAGAAACGCUGUUGGAUCCAGAGAAGUCCACAAGUUUGACGUCAAUCCUCAUGGUAAACAGUGAUGGCAAGCGUAUUAUAAUCCCAGGACACAAGUGGGUUAAGCAAGAUAAGAAGCUUAGUGUUGCCGGUAGUGUCUUAGAUUCUCUAAAAUCUGCAGUUUCGAUAGGCAUGGUAAAUCCAGACUUCGACACACAUGGGGGUGAUGAUGCAAAUAUUAUUGAAGACCAGCCAUGUAAUCGGCAAGCAGUAAUGCCAAACGCAAAUCUUGAAUUAACGCAAGAGCUUGUGAUUGCAGCAAUAGAAGAACGCUCGAUGGCUUCAGCUACUGGAGUGAUACCAGCUUUUGUUUCGAACAAACCGACUUGGAAACAAAGGUCUCACAUUGAAGCUACAGUUCCUGCAGGAUCCCUCGGGCUGUAUUUUUUCAUGGAGGUGGAGCAACAUGCGGUUGUGAAGGGAUUUGUGGAUGACAGCAGCACAGCACUUCUACUCGCGUCCAAGGGAAUUCACAUAGGUUAUACUCUCACCGCAAUAAAUGGUGUGGAUGUGAUCCCCCUCGACCGCGAUUUGGUAUGCAGAGUUCUCGAAAAGCUUCGAGAGCGCGAAAAGGUGCUAGUUUUCGCGUUAGGCUUUCAGAGCCCAGAAAUAUCUGUUAACGAUGAAAUUGGAGCCUCCAAUGGUCCACUUGUCGACUCACGGAACGUAGUGGAAUAUGAACGACCACGGUUCUUAGUGUGCACGUGCGGUAGGGCGAUUCACGUCGUGCAGGCAACAGUUCCUCGGGCAGCGGAGAUGGCGAUGGGUCCUAAGGAAAUUCCAGCGGUGCCUUUAGCAAGUGUUGAGCUGCAGGGGACCGUGCUUGUCACCUCGGUUGUUCGAAUACCGGUUGGCGAGGGUAUCGAGAAUUGCCUUGCCGUCGUUGACCAGAGCAAGCACGUGUAUGUUCUCUCGCUACUUUCGCUUAAGUUAAUCUGGGAGGCCGAUUGGGACAACUAUGGCUUCGGACUAAGCUGUAGCAGCCUUGGGGACGGAAUCCUAUUCGAUAUUUCGUAUGGUGGUGAGCUUGUGGUCGCGAAUGCUUUUGGCGAGAUCGAACGCUUCUCUCUGUUUGCCGAGGCAACCGCGAUGGAAAGUGCUAUGCUUGAGCGCAUGUCGAUCAAGACGCGCUUAUACCUGCCUGAGCGUGCGACCAUCUUUGAUCAAGUUGCCUCGCCUCCAGCGACCACCGACAGCGGCAAAAAGCGGGGUAUCGCAGCAGAUGCAGGAAAGAUGUUGAAGAACUUGGUCCUCAGCGUCACUCAAGAGGCCACAGACUUAAACAAGGUAUUUCAUUUUUCUACGGAGGAGGAAGAGCGCAAACGGCUUAUGGGAGAUUGGUCUUCCCCAGCCAAAGAUGCUAGAAGUGCCACAACACAAACCGAGACGGGAUUGAGUGCUACGAAAGACUCGCUUAUGCAGGCGCAGCAGCGGCUCGCAGAACGCGGGGAAAAGCUGAAUGAUCUGGGACUGAAUACGGAACAGAUGAAGAAGACAUCUGAGGACUUUUAUCACACGAUGAAGGCUUUCAACAAGAAAAACGCCAACAAAAAGUGGUAUGAAUUCUAG